AUGGCUGAAGACAUAGGAUCCUCGGUUGGGGCAGACAUGUCAGAAGUUGCCGAAGUGGGAUCGCCAGAUGGGCCUGCAUCAAGUGAGAAGAAGACAACUGUGGAGAGGAAGAUUCACAAGUUGAUGGUAGUACAGGAUCUUCCGGGAAUAAAUCCACUGAAGGAUUGGUGCAUGGAUAAUGGAAUUGGGAUCGUGCAUCAUAUUGUAUUUUGGAGAUUUUUCAGUGUGUUCUGUAGUACAAAGCUCAAGUACCACUUGCAAUCGGUCUACGCGGAUGCUGCUCAGUACAAUGAUCCAAUCAAACGUCCGGUGGAAGCGAUAUGCAAUGCCAUUGAUGGAGCUUCUCCAAGAAAUGACACUCUCAGGAAGAUUUUCGCAGGCCUCGUCGCAUCCGACGGAAAUUUGACGUGCUACGUCAAUCCACCUUCUCCAGGUCCAUCUCAACCUUCUCCGGGUCCAUCUCAAACUGAUUUGGGUUGGGAUUGGCAGUUGACGCACGCCAAAAAACAUCGCGAAGAUCCUCCUCUUCACAUACAUGCUUUAGCCUGUGCAAUAACCAGACACCCUAACAUGUUUUCAUCACAUUAUAGCCUUUUGAUCAUUCUGAUACUUUUCUCAGCUUGUGUUGCUACUGGGAAGAACUUAGAUGGUUACUAUAUUCCGAAGCUGAGCGGACUCCGUCGAACAUUUAUUCAAGAUCCUACACGGGCGAUGCAGGCUUCCAUCUUGUCAAAGGACUUCCAGACUUUCUUUUACAACCAAACCCUCGAUCAUUUCAAUUACAGGCCCGAAAGUUACACUCUUUUCAAACAAAGAUAUGUGAUCAAUUUCAAAUACUGGGAUGGCGCGAAUACAAGCACCCCGAUCUUCGUUUAUCUUGGUGCAGAACUACCCAUUGACGACGACAUGGGUGAUGGAAGAGGGUUCCUGACAGAUAAUGCGGCUCAGUUUAGAGCGCUUUUGGUCUAUAUAGAGCAUCGGUUUUAUGGUGAAUCAAUCCCGUAUGGGUUGACACUCGACAAAGCACUAAAUGACCCCAAUACUCGCGGAUAUUUCAGCUCGGCGCAAGCUCUUGCCGAUUACGCGGAAAUCAUUGUAUACCUGAAACAAAAAUUGAAUGCCAAACAUUCUCCGGUAAUUGUCAUUGGAGGAUCAUAUGGUGGAGUGCUAGCUUCGUGGUUUAGAUUGAAGUACCCUCAUGUGGCACUCGGAGCUUUGGCAUCAUCCGCUCCAAUUCUCUACUUUUACGACCUCACACCUCAUGACCCAUACGCUUCAGUAGUCGCAAAAGAUUUUUUGGAAGCUAGUUUUUCUUGCCUCCAAACCAUAAGACAAUCCUGGGACGAAAUCGAUAGAGUUGCUUCUGAGCCUCAUGGUCUCACGAAAUUGAGCAAAACUUUCAAAACUUGCAGCCCAUUGCAAAGUUCUUCAGAGCUCAAGAACCACUUGGUAGGGAUCUACGCUGGUGCUGCUCAGUACAAUGAUCCAUUCAGACGUCCGGUGGAAGCGAUAUGCAAUUCCAUUGAUGGAGCUUCUCCAAAAAAUGACAUUCUCAAGAAGAUUUUCGCAGGCCUCGUCGCAUCCAAUGGAAAUUUGACAUGCUACGUGAAUCCACCUUCUCCACCUCCAUCUCAAACUGAUUUGGGUUGGCAUUGGCAGACAUGUAGCGAGAUGGUGGCUCGUUAUGACAUCAUCAACAAUACUAUGUUUCAAUCAUUUCCCUUCGACCUAAAUGAGUUCGUGAAUGACUGCAAGAGAAGAUUUGGCGUCGCACCUCGGCCACAUUGGGCCACUACUUAUUACGGUGGUCAUGACAUAAAACUUGUUUUGCAUAGGUUCGCUAGCAACAUUAUUUUCUCCAAUGGGCUUCAAGAUCCUUACAGCAGCGGCGGGGUCUUGAAGAAUAUUUCGGAUACUGUCAUCGCCGUCUACACAGCUAAAGGUUCUCAUUGUUUGGACAUACUUGCAACUACCGAAAAAGAUCCUAUCUGGUUGGUCAAGCAACGGAAAAAUGAGGUUGAGAUUAUAAGAAAAUGGAUUGCCACAUAUUAUGCCGAUCUUCGUGCUUUUGGAAAAUAAUUAAUAUACAUCACAUGGGAAUGUCAUUACAUUAAAUAAUGCUAAUAGUGUUGAGAAUAAAGACCAGAGUUGUGUGCCCCGUC